AUGGUUAGUGAAUUUGAUCCAGUAAUGCAAGAGCACCUUCGGCGGGCUAAAGCAAAAGAGAUUCAUUAUACGUAUCUUGGCAAAAAAAUUCAAAAUGAGUUGAUACAGUUGUUGGCUAAUCAAGAGGAGCAAAUGUCUUUAAUUGUACGAUUUGUAGAUAAUUCGGCAAACUUACCUACAGUUCAAGAACAUUGGCUAGAAUUUUUGAAAGUAGAUGACACAACAGGACUUGGACUUGCAACCGAGUUUCAAAAGGCUUUGAUAAAAAUUGAUCUCGAUAUUGAUGACAUUAGAGGGAAAGGGUAUAACAACGGAUCUAACAUGAGUGGGAAGCACAAAGUGAAGCCAUUGUCACAAACACGUUGGGAAAGUCAUGUUGAAAGUGUGAAGCCUAUAAUGGAGCAAAAUGCACAGAUAAGAGAUGCAUUACUUGAUUUAGCAGAAAAUAAUGAAGAUCCUAAAGUGAAGAGUGAAGCCGAAUUGUUGCAUGCUGUCAAUAUUGUGAGUAAAUUUCUUCAAACCGAAUCCAUGGAUAUUGAUCAUGCUAUCGACCUCUUGCAAGGGCUUGUUUCAUUUCUUGAAGAAUACAGAAAAAUUGGAUUUGCUAUUGCCAAAGAUGAAGCGACAAAAAAGGCAAGCGAAAUGGGAAUUGAAGCUGUGUUUACAGCAAACGCAUAA